UAAAUAAAUAAUCAGCUCGAAAGCCGAAUCCCAAUGUUUACAUGCGAGAGAGCGCCUCGCCGCUUGAGAGGGCUGCAAAUUAUUAUGGAUAUAUUACUUCCUUUUACCACGACGGACAGCCAUAAUAAUAGUGAUAGAUGAUAGAGAACAUUAUGAGCAAUAAUAUCCCAGCGGCCUGAAGGAUUGUACAUCCCUCUAAGGGUGAGCGUGGCUUAAGCAGGACAGGCCAGGGAGAACAUCGCCACCCCCUUCGGUGAAAUUGACAACUUAAUACUGUCAUGGUAUGGAUUUACGUCAAGACAGCUUCGUAGAAGUGACUUCCACGGCCUCAGAAGAGGCCAUCGUGUCCAAUUCACCGACAAUGAUUGAAACUGUAGGUGGUACAGGGUGUGGGAUCCCCUUGGAGGAGCCCCAGGCAGAGGAAGGUUACAGUGACGCCCCCCGUGUGGAGGUGCAGAUGGUAGGUGCACCAGAAUGGGGGCCAGAGGACGAAAAUAUCAAGGACGAGCAUAUUGCCGAAUCUUCUAUUAUAAAAGAGCCGGUGUACCAACGCCUCCAGCUUCCUGAAGAAGAAGUGAUAAUGUUCAACCUUGAAGAGGCAGAGGAGGGGAUACGCUUGGUGGGGAAGCCUGUGGCCAAACCAGUAAUCCCCAUCCCUAAUAACACUACCACCAUCUCUGUGUCUGCUUUAGGAGUGCUAGAACAAACGUCCAGCCAGGAUAGGAGCAGUUUAUUGCAGGUCACGCAGAACGUUCCAGUAGUAAUGAAGAGAAAGUUUGUAUCAGACACAGAUACUGAGAGUAAGCUGCCUGUCAGGAAUGCUGCCAGUGUGGCCUUGAUAGAACAGUCUGCUCAGGCUUGGCUUGGAUGUUGCCUGUGUUAUGAGAUAUUUCCAUCCAGAAAAGCACUCCAGCUACAUGUGGCAGCCAGUCACCAGCAACCCAAGACAGUGUUAUGUCAAAUACCUGUGACACAUGCAGCACCUCAAAAUGCAGUCCAUUCUACCCAGGGCUUCCUAGAAACUACAGAGGUUGUUGCUGAAGAGUCUGAUGUAAACCUGGACGGCACUACUAGUAGAAAUGGACCCACAUUUUGGCCUCUUCCUGUUGCUGGAAAAUUCAUGGGCAUCAACCAAGUUCUUGACAUUCUGAAACGUACAGAUGAAAUUCUGGAGUCCAUACCUCUUGGCGAGAAAAGUAAUGUGUUCUUUGUUAUCAAGAAAAAGUCACAUAGUGGGAAGCUUUCCUGCCGUGAUGAUUGUGGUGACUGGAGUAGCAAAGAUGCAAGGAGUGUUGAUUCUUAUUUCUUGCUUGACAGUGAAGGGAAUUUAAAGAAUGUGUUUUUGAAAAACAAUCUCUAUGUGACUCACACCAGAAAGAUGAAAAAAUCCAUAUGGACCCCUCUUAAGCCACAGCCACCCAAGGAAAGUGUUUUGAAAAUUCAUCGUUUCUAUGCAACUUUGAAGGCCAAGGAUGAUUAUAUGAAGCGCCUGACUUGUAUCAUGAGUGGAAAUGUAGACUAUAAUGAUAGGAUGUUGGUAGAAUAUUGUGGGGAAUACAUUAAACCUCAGUCUGGUAAUUCAGUGUCUGCAAAGCGCAUAAGGAAAAACAAUUACUCCAGCUUAGAUUGUGAGACAGAUAUGUCAUGUCAGGCAUGCUUAGAUUUGACUGGGAAUACCCAAGACAAGGGUUUCAACCACUCAAAAUACAAGCUAGAAGAAAUGACAAAGAAUGGCAAGUCCACAAAACAGAAACAAGUUGAGAAAUUCCAAGUAUCAUAUCUUGCUGAUUAUAUUCCAGAGAUGAGAACAGCUUUCAGUAAGAAUUUUUCAAGCCAGUCAGCAAGUGAGGUAGGUCUAGGUGAAGCUGAGGACGUUUCUGAUGAGAAACCAAAAUCUCUUAAGCAACUGAUUUACCAAAAAUUGCAUGGUGCAGUGGAUAAAAAAGAUCCUGGAUUUAGAUAUUAUUUUAUAGAAGAAAUUGCAGAAGUGUUAGAAAUGUUGAAAAAUGAUCUUAAUGUGCAGGAGAUUAUUGACAGAAAAGACCAGCCACCAUGUGUGAUUUUGUAUUCCACAGAACAGAUUUGUGACAUGAUUUCAGAGAUAGAUUGUGGUAGUGUUUUAGGAGUAAACAGAACAAUUAGCUUUGGUGCGUGUUACAUUACUGUAGCUGUAUACAAAAGCUCAAAAGUAAUUCACAAACAUUCGGAGAAGAACCCUUUGCUCUUGGGUCCCAUGUAUCUUCACUGGGAUACUGAAUUUGGAACAUAUUUUUCUUUUUUCUCUCAUCUCAAGAGCAUUUUGGGUAAAAUUGCUUUGAAUUUUGAGAUACAUUCCAUUAAUGGUCAUGAGGAAGUGUUAACAAAGGCACUCAGAAGAUGUUUUCCUAAGGCUGAAUGCACCUUGUGCCCUAAACACCUAAAGGACUGUAUGAGGGAAUACUUGUGUGAUGUUGUCAAGUGUGAACCAGAUGAUGAAAAUGUAAUACUGAACAAGAUCUUUGGAAAUGGAGGGAUAGUUAUGAGCAAAGAUAUAUCCAUUUUUGAAAAAAGAGCUUCAAAUUUACAGUUUUAUUUUGAUCAGUUCCCUAUGUUCAAGUCAUAUUUUGAUAAUAUGAAACCAAUCUUAACACAGUACAUGUGGGAACCAAACAAGAAGGGUGUGUCAAAAAACUUAUGGAUGAACAACAAUCGAGAACCUGUAAAUCUUAUCAUGAAAUUGAGUACUAGCUGGAGAUCACAAAAGCUAGCAGCUCUCAUAAGAAAGAUAUGUAGUGUAAGUAAAAAGCAAUUGUCAGAUAUGAAGAGGUCUUUGCAUGAUCCUGGAAAUUAUUUGUUACUGGAAAGAUACAAAUCUUUUGCAGUUAACAAAGAUGUUUGGCAGGAGAUUACACAAGAAGAACAAGAUAUUAUAUUUAUGAAAUUUUUGAAAAAAGAUAUGCCAGAAGAGUGGCCAGUAACUUCCAGUACAAUUCUUCCUAUUCUGUGAUCACAGUAUUAUAGAAAAAAAAGUGUAUGAUGGAAGUAAAAUCCAAAUAUUAUAUAUAUGUAUAUUAUGUAUAUUAUAUGUGUAUUAUAAAACUCACUUGCAGUGGUUAUUCUUUUAUGUAUUUGUAUAUAAUUUCUAUGACAUGCAACAAAUACCAGAUACAUUGUGAAUAAAAGAUAACCUUAUUAAA